CUUCGAAUUAUUCCAGUUGUCAGUCAGCUGCCGUUGUCACUAGCUACACAAAAAUGGCGGCCCAUUAACUGCAGGAUUUGGAGUGACGCAGUGAAGAGGCGGGUUUAAGCUCGUUGUAGUCUCCUAUUUCCACAUGUUUUGAAGUCAUUUUCGUCGUUAGCGUGGCCUUUCGUUUGGGUAGACCAGCGACGGUUUUCUGCUCUGUGUAGAACCUCGAUACUUCUUGUCUGGUCCAAAAUUAGAGAAAUUGUUAGUAGUGUGGAGAAACUAUUGCCGCGUGUGUUUGUUUACUGCUUGAAAUGAACAGGAUACGAAUCCACGUCUUGCCUUCGAGUCGUAACCGGGUGGCCCAGACUCGUCCACAGGAGCCCCAGGCCUGUUCCUUCACCCUACGACCGUGUUCUCAGCCACGUCUGGAAGGUUUGGAGUUCUGUAUUAAACACAUUCUUGAAGACAAGAAUGCGCCAUACAAGCAGUGCAGCUAUGUCUCUGUCAAGAACGGCAAGCGCUGCCCCAAUGCAGCUCCAAAGGCAGAGAGGAAAGAUGGAGUGACAUUCUGUGCAGAACAUUCCCAUAAGAACGCCAUGGCUUUGCAAGCUCAGAUGAGAAAGUCCUCUGCUGGUCCAUCUCCAGAGGCUUUGUUAUCCCAGCUUAGCUGCUCUAACCGUGCAGAGGCAUACAGUUUAGAGGGAGGACGCGCUGAAGCCAGCCGCAUUCUCGAUGUAGAAAGUCUGAGUGAAGAGGAGCAGGGACCCCUGGUUCUUGACCAGACGUGGAGAGGAGAUCCAGACAGCGAGGCAGACAGCGUUGACAGUGAUCAUGAAGAUCCACUAAAACAUGCAGGAGUUUACACAGCAGAGGAAGUGGCCUUGAUCACUCGAGAAAAGCUCAUUAGGCUCCAGUCCCUCUACAUCGAUCAGUUCAAACGCCUGCAGCAUUUGCUCAAGGAGAAAAAGCGCACAUAUCUUCAUAAUCGGAAAGUGGAGCACGAGACUUUAGGAAGUAGCCUCCUGACAGGACCAGAAGGUUUGUCCUUGAAGGAGAGGGAAAACCUUAAAAAGCUCAAAGCUCUCCGUCGAUAUCGUCGUCGGUACGGCAUAGAAGCCCUUCUUCAUCGACAGCUCAGGGAGAGGAGGCAGGCUUUGACAGAAGGAGCUCCUCAGAUUCAUGCAAAAACAGUAAAUGAAAAAUGCGUCUCUUUUGUGGAGGGAACCAGAUGUACCAACACCUGCCUGCCCUUGGCUCGACACUGUCUCUCACACAUCUACCAGGACAGCAGUCAGGUGCUUUUUAAGAUCUGUCCAGGAAUUAAAGAUGUUCCGUGUGAUCGUGUUGUCCACAUGGGUCAGUCUGACAAUCCUCGCUGUCCACUCCACCUCACUCUGCCUCCACUCAUGUACCAGCCCGAGCAGGAGCCCCCCCAGCAGGAGCACUUCACACCUGCAGGCAAAGACAUGUACCUGAGUGCAGCAGAGCUGCAGCCCACAGAGAACCUUCCCCUGGAGUUCAGUGAUGAUCUGGAUGUAGAAGGAGACGGUAUGCAGGGUCCCCCAUCCCCGCUGCAGUUUGAUACAGCGCUUGCUCUGGAAGACCAGACCAUCAGAGCUAUUGCUGAAGCACCAAUGGACAUCUUGACUGGAGAAGACCCAGACCAGGUGGACCUGGACUCCUCAGGACAGGAGCUGUCAGAAAGAGAUGUAGAUGCCAUCAUGAAUGACCAGGUGGUGUCAGACAUGGUUGAAGGUGAAGAUGCUGCUGACAGUUCGAACCAAGAUAUGGACCCAGCUGCGGCCGACUCCUUCUGAUGAACCACUUUUAAGAGUUUUUCUCUUCUGUUUCAGUGGAACCAUCAGUUUCAGUUUCAUUAAAGUUGAUUUGUUUGUUUUUGUUAAGCAAAUGUAAAUAUCUGCUAGUGUUAAACUCACUGGUACUUGAAGUUUCACGUGCUGGAAGUAAAGAUGUAAUGAGCGAGAGCUUUGUCACAUUAAGGGAUGACUCGCACUGAAGGAGUUAGCAUCAGCAUGGGGGAAGCGCUGCAAACAAAUCACUAUUAUAGAAGAACACACACUCUACCAGUUGGUUCAUAGCCUAACCCCAUAGUCUGCUGCUGAAAACUGUAUCGCUUGAGCAGCUCGGUGUGAUGUGACAUGAUAAAAUAAAUUCUUUGUCAGCAGCAGAAA